AAAUUUGUCAAACAAUUCCCUUUGUAAUCUUCUGUGUCUGUUUAACAGAAUAUGGACAGAACAUACUUUUCCUGACUCUUGGAGGCUAUCUAUAGUUAUUCCCAUUCUCAAGCCUGGUAAAGACCACAAGAAUCCCUCUAAUUACAGACCAAUCUCUCUGACAAGUUGUCUGUGUAAACUCUUUGAGAGAAUGGUAAACAGACGCCUGAUGUUCCUUUUAGAGGUAAAGAACUAUUUUUCACCACAUUAGAGUGGAUUCCGUAGGAACAGAAGUACCACUGAUAACUUAGUAAACCUUGAAACAUCUAUACGCGAAGCGUUUGUUAGACGACAGCACUUAGUGUCUGUAUUUUUCGAUAUAGAGAAGGCCUAUGAUCGCUGUUGGCGAUACAGGAUACUCCGUGAUCUGUACGAAUUCGGAUUGCGGGGUAAUUUGCCGAUUUUGAUAAAAAAACUUCCUACAGAAUCGAAGAUUUCAUGUCAGGAUGGGCAACACUUUAUCUAGGCCUUUCACACAACAAGAAGGUGUUCCUCAAGGCUCUAUUUUGAGUGUGACUCUGUUCCUAAUUAAAAUUAACAGCAUAGCUAACUGUCUUCCCCCUAGUGUGAAACACUCUUUGUAUGUGGAUGACUUUCAGAUCUCUUGCCAGUCUAGUAACAUGAGUUUCAUUGAGAGACAACUGCAAACCUCUUUAAAUCGCAUAGAAAAUUGGUCCAAGACCAAUGGUUUUAGUUUCAACGUAGAGAAGACCUCGUGCAUUCACUUUUGCCGAAGGCGUGGUUUGCACCUGGAUCCUGAAAUAUAUUUAAAUGGAGUUAAAAUUCCAAUUGUUAAUGAGACUAAGUUUUUGGGUGUUUGUUUUGACAAAAAACUGACAUUCUUGCCACACUUGCGCAACCUGAAGAGUAGAUGUUUAAAAUCUCUAAACCUUUUAAAGGUAUUAUGCUGCUCAUCCUGGGGAGCAGACAAAGUUUCUAUGCUCAGGAUUUAUAGGGCCCUUGUCCGCUCUAAGCUGGACUACGGAUGCAUUGUUUAUGGCUCUGCGCGAGAAUCUACUCUUCGGAUGCUGGAUCCAAUCCAUCAUCAAGCACUGCGUUUGUGCACUGGUGCAUUCCGAACUUCCCCUGUCCAAAGUUUGUAUGUGGAUGCUUAUGAGCCUCCACUGUCUCUUAGGAGAGAACAGUUGUCUCUAUUUUACUAUAUAAAGCAGAAAUCUAACUCUAAACCUUCAGUCGAUUAUAGAGUAUUAGAUACUCAGCUGAAAAGGUUAUUUGAAACUCGCCCUAGUUGUGUCCCUACAUUCCCCAUAAGAACGGAGAAUGUGAGUAGCACGAUUGACCUUAACACAAGCAACAUUUCACAGCUAGAGGUCUGUAGUAUAUCUCCUUGGUCAACUCCUGUGAUAAAUGUUGACCUUAGCUUAAAGCAGUUUCCUAAGGAAUCCACACCAGACUACGUCUAUAGACAGCACUUUGCAGAAAUUCAACAUUGUGACAGGAAUUUAAUUCCUAUUUAUACAGAUGGAUCUAAAUCUGAUGAUUACGUUGGCUCAGCUUUCGUCUGCCAGGAUGAAAUUGUGGCAGAACAAAUUGCAUCAAAUUCUUCUAUCUUUUCUGCAGAGUUGCAUGCUAUUUAUUUAGCUCUAAAGUAUAUAAAUAGGAAAGGUCAUCGUUGCUGUGUUAUAUACACUGACUCAGUUAGUGCACUUCAGGCUUUGAUCUCGUGUGAACCUAGUUCCCACUCCAUAGUGAUUAAAAUUCAUAAACUGUUUUGCCAUCUUAUUGCAAGUAAUUUCUUUGUAAAAUUUUGUUGGGUCCCAGGCCAUGUAGGUAUAAAAGGAAAUGAAGAAGCGGACGCAGCUGCAAAGGCAGCUAGUCCUUCACAGCAUAUAAUGCCUAUUGAAGGAGGUGAUUUGAAGCUAGUUGUUAAAAAACGACUAGCAGAGCGAUGGCAAAACAUGUGGAAUGCACAAAUCCACAAUAAACUACACGAGAUCAAGCCGAAUAUAGAAAAUUGGACACGUAAUAAACAGUAUGACAGGAGAUCUGAAGUAAUUCUUACUCGUUUGAGAAUUGGGCAUACUCGGUUGACUCAUCUGUACCUUUUGAAGGGUGAAGAUCAGCCAUUAUGCCAAUAUUGUAACUGUACUGUAAGUGUUAAACACAUACUUUACAACUGCAUUGCCUCUGAGAGGAUACGUAGACAGCAUUUUGGAAAUGCAAGUUUUAAAGAGAUUUUGGGCCAGAGGCCAAAUCUUGAUAAGAUACUGAACUUUUUGAAAGUCGUAAAUAUUUAUAAAGAAAUUUAAUUAAUUAUUUAUAUAUUUAUUUAUUUAUUUAUUAUAUGGUUAUAUCUAUUUUGUUGUUUUGUUUGUUUGUUUCUAUUUACGUUUUUGUGUCAUAUUUAUAUUUUGUGUUAUAUAUAUUUAGUUUUGUUAUAUUUUACCUUUUGUCAUGGCGCAGCAUGGCCUAAAGGGCCCUUGCG